AUGGCCACGGGUCCAGGUAGCUCGCUGGCCCUCUCCUCCUUUCUGUUCCUGCUGCUACUGGUGGGGAAACAGAUAUACAACCACCAGCCAGCCUCCAUGGAGCAGCUCACUAUCCGGGAAGCUCUGCCGGGCUCCAGUCACUUUGUCUUCUCUCUCACUGCCUUCAGUAAUCUGGAGAAUCCUGUUUUUGGCAAAGUAUUUCAAGCAAAGAUCUUCUUUGAGAUUCUUCUCUGCCUCCUCUUGACUCUAUUUGCAUCUGGCCUAAACUACAGAGUCUAUGUCAUCACCUCCUUCAUCUUCUCCAUGGUUGGCAGACAGGGCAUCACAAGAUCUUCUCCACUUUGUACCAGGCAACAGCUCCAGUCCUCACAUCAGCCAAGGUCAUGGGAAAUGGCUAUUGUAGAGUGCCAGAGUUAA